UUCCCAAAUUAUCUCUUUGGGUAGAGCGUUUGGGAUGCCAUACGGAGAGAGUCCGUGGUUCGAAUACUCUCCGUGGAAGUUGAUUUACCUGUUGUAGCUGUUGUUUUUUUUUGUGUUUUUUUCCUAUCCCCGAGACGAGACUAUGGAGUUGAGCGAGACGACGUUGUCGUACCAGGUGGUGAGCAACGACACGCCGACGACGACGACGACGAUUCGCGCGCUGACAAUUACUAUUUACAGCACGGAGCACAUGAUCGCGACCAGCAUCGUCCUGGGCCUCAUGAUCCUCGCCACCAUCAUCGGCAAUGUGUUCGUCAUCGCCGCCGUCAUCCUGGAGCGCAGCCUGCACAACGUGGCCAACUACCUGAUCCUGUCGCUGGCCGUCGCCGACCUCAUGGUGGCCACCCUCGUCAUGCCCAUCAGCGUGCUGAAGGACAUCAGCAAGAACUGGUUCCUCCCCAACUCCGUGUGCGACAUGCACAACUCGUUCGACGUCCUCUACUGCACGGCGUCCAUCCUCCAUCUCGUCGCCAUCGCCAUCGACCGCUACUGGGCCGUCACCAGCAUCGCCUACAUCCGCCGCCGCAGCCCGACCCGGAUCGGGAUCAUGAUUCUCCUCGUGUGGGCCGCGGCCCUGGUCAUCUCGAUCCCGCCGCUGUUCGGCUGGAAGCCCGAGAACAACCCGGAGAUCACGGGCGAGUGCGUCAUCAGCCAGGACAAGUUCUACACGGUGUACUCGACAGUCGGUGCCUUCUACCUGCCCAUGACCAUCAUGAUCAUCAUCUACCUGCGGAUAUACCAGGUGGCCAGAGCCAGAAUACGGAAGGAGAAGUUCGUUAAGAAAGAGGACAAGAAAAAGACGAAAAAACUCGCCGCCGCGGCCGACAAGACGUCGUCGCCUAAAGGCGAGUACAGCGUCGUCUCGUGUAACGGGUGCUCGCCCGAGAAGGACAGCAGCGGCCUGAGUAAAGACGUCGACAACAGCGACAUGCAUUGUGCCACUAACGGGAACUCGUGUGACGAGGCCAACGCCGCCAUGUUGAAAAAGGACGCCACAGACGCUGCUUCCAAGGUGGCCAUGUCGGCCAUGUGUCGUAGGGAGAAGCUGGAACUGAAGCGCGAGCGCAAGGCGGCGCGGACAUUGGCCAUCAUCACGGGCUGUUUUCUCAUCUGCUGGCUGCCGUUCUUCAUCGAGGCGCUCGUGAUGCCCUUCGUGAAAGACAAAAUCCAUAUUCCCAUGGAGCUGUCCAGCUUCUUCUUGUGGCUCGGAUACUUCAACAGUUUAAUGAACCCGAUUAUCUAUACAAAAUUUAGCCCAGAAUUCAGAAAUGCUUUCCGCAAGAUUCUCUUUGGCAAAUAUUCAAGGAAAAUAAAUCGAUAGUUGACGGUGGUGUGACCUCUUCGAGAGAGAGGGACUGAGAGAGAUAGAGAGAGAAAUAGCCCGAGAUAUACACAAGUGUAAAUGGAUUUGUGUUUAUAUGUAAAUAAUGUCUCUGUGAUGACCCGAUUCGGAGGGCAAACAGUCAAAAAAGAAAAUGGCUGUACAAAGAUGGUCUGGCGUGUGUGCACUCGAGGUGCAGAUAGAUACAUUGGUAUUAACCAAACCACUUGCGGUUUUUUUAAAACAUUAUCAAAACCAACUUGUAUUUUUGUUCAGUUCAGCUAUAACUUAGUGGACAUAGCUUUAUAUACAUUACGUGGAGUGUGUGGCACUCGUCCGUUGCUGUUUACUGGUUCUAGUAUCCAGUGUGAUCGACGUGUAAGUAUUACUGCUAGGUGUUGCAAUAUAGAGAUGCGCAGUACGUUUGCUCAUGUAUCAUUUAUAAUUUUAUUCAUCGGUUUCAUUAUGGACCAUCGUGAUUAAUGAUUUCAAGAUAAAUGGUGGACACCGUUACAAUGUUAUAGUAUGCAAAGGAGUUUAAAACACUGUCACAGUGUGAUGACGUAAAAAUUACCAUUGUCAUUGUAUGAUGACGUAAACAUUACCAUCAUCAGUGUGUGAUGACGUAAGAAUUACCGUUGUCACAGUACGAUGACGUCAAAUACUAUGAGCACUUCUCAUAGUGUCAAGGAAUGUGAAUAGAUAAGAAGUAAAUAAAGUGUUAAUACUCUCGCAGUGUGGUGAAGUAACUGAUAUUAUUGUACGGUGACGUCAAAAUUAUCAGUGUCACAAUGUGAUGACGUAAAGCCAGACGGAUACAGUGUGGUGACGUAACUGGUAUUAUUGUACGCUGACAUCAAAUCUAUCAGUGUAACAAUGUGAUAGCGUAAAGCCAAAUGGAUACUGUAUGGUUACUGAAAAUUAGUGAAAAGUUACUCAAAUGUGUCAUGGUGUGGUAAAAUGUUAAAAGUUAAACACUGUCUCAUUGUGUUGACUUGACGAAACGUGUGACGUGAUGAAAUCUGAAGACAUGUGUGUGAACACUGAUGACGUUGUGGUUAUUGUGGUGGCUGCUCGAGGUAGACCUACUGAGCACAAGAUACGUUAUGACCAGAAUCAAACAUAUAACUAUUUAUGCGAUCUCACUUUAAUAAACUAACACACGAUGCAA